UUACGCUAUGUGCAUUUAGAGAAACAAUUUAUAAGCCAGUCAAUAUGUUGUCAUUUUUGUAAUUUUAUUUUAUUUUUGUAAAGAAAAUAUGAAAUAAUUUUUUUUAUUAAAUAGUCAGUUAUAAAGUAUGUUUUCCGAAAAAAGUUCUUAUCAAAACAUGAAGAGUGAUAAAUCACCACUGUGUUUUGUGCCAAUUAAUACUCUGAAUGAUGUGCAGGCUAUACGUUGUGCGGAGUUUCAUCCUGAAGGUAAAAUUUAUGCUGUUGGCUCAAAUUCGAAAACCCUCAGAAUUUGCAUGUAUCCGUCACAAAUCAAUACCAGCAAAACCCAGACUUUUCAAACUAGCGUAAUUUUUAAACGUACUAAACAUCAUAAGGGCUCCAUUUAUUGUACUGCCUGGUCUAAAGAUGGCAAGUUUAUAGCCACCGGCUCCAAUGACAAAUCGAUUAAAAUAAUGCAAUACAGUGAUGAAAAUAAGCAAUUGGAGGGACGUGAAAUUGAAUUGACCAUGCACGAUGGUACCGUCAGAGAUCUGUGCUUUUUGGAAGAUUCUUCCAACGAGAGAAAACUGUUGGCUAGUGGUGGGGCUGGAAAUUGUAAAAUCUAUAUUACCGAUUGCGGUGUAUUGUCACCGUCACAAACAUUUUUAGGACAUAGUGGCCACAUAUUUUCAAUAUACAGUUGGGAUAAUAAUAUGUUCGUUACUGGAUCACAGGACAAAACUGUACGUUUUUGGGAUUUACGAGUAAAUGAAUGCAUCAACACUGUAUUGCCAUCAUGCUAUUAUGACUCAUCGGGUUCACCGGUAACUUCAGUAUGUGUUGAUCCUACUGGACGUUUAUUGGUGUCAGGUCAUGAAGACAGCUCAUGCGUUUUAUAUGAUGUACGAAGGAAUAGACAAAUUCAAUGCUUCCAACCACAUUCUGCUGAUAUAAGAUCAAUACGCUUCUCACCAUCGGCAUAUUACUUAUUAACAUGUGGAUAUGAUAACAAAAUUAUUUUAACAGAUCUACAAGGUAAUUUAACUCAAUCCUUGCCAUCUGUAGCAGUUGGAGAACACGGCGACAAGGUUAUAUCCGCAAGAUGGCAUCCACAUGAUUUCUCUAUAUUAACCACAUCUGCUGAUAAAACAGCCAAGCUAUGGGCUAUACCAAAUAUCUGAUAGGAUAAAACAUAUUUAAAUACCAAAAACAAAAAGAAGAAAAAAACUAAAUAAAAAAAAAUUAAAUACUUUUUCAACUGGACAAAUCCUAAAAGAAUUGAUCCAACCUUGGAAUACGAACUAUCAACACAACGCUGUAGGCGUUUAUGAAUGUAUUAAACAAACAUUGCUAAAAGUCAUGUUGUUGUUAUUAACGGAAAACAUUAAUAGUUUUAGAUACAAAUUUGUCUAUAGAAUUUUAAUAAAACAAAAUAAAUCAAUCUUUUAUACAUCUAUAUACAUAUA